UGGGUUUUGGUAACCAUAGCGAAGUCGGGACGCUGUUGAAUGAACGAGCCGAAACAUAUACACUUCACAUGGGGUAUGGCCUAUGCCCCCUAAACUAAUCCAAAGGGCAGUGUUUUGGUGAACUACAGGGCUUCGAAGCCCAUAAAUUUCCGCAUAAAAUGGUUUCCGGGGCGACGUCGGAAAAGACGGCUAAAACCGGCCGAGUUCAACCGGCAAAGAGCCACAUGAAAGCAUCGAGGGAUCGCACGAGUGUUAUGGAGAGAGCAACGCCGUUUAAGGGACGCACGAGUCUACGAGAAAAUUAUGAGAAGAGUGUAUCCGGUCGCGACCAGUGGUGGCGGGUCCACAUUCGGGAAACACCGGUUCCAGGCGCCUACGAUAGCCGCAACUUCCUAGCGGACAUAGAGGAGCGGCCGGCCACCUACACCUUCAAAGGCGAAGGUCGUAAGAAAGAUGCUGACAGGCAACGUAAAGGCGCCGUUCUGUUACCCGGCGCUUACGAGGCGAAGGACUUGGGCUAUGACCUGGAGCAGACGCGAUACACGUACUCGAUGAAGAACACGUCACGGGCUGAGAAUGAACUCCCCGGGGUUAAAGACAAGGGAUGCAACGUUUGCCCAACGCAAUACCCGAUGGAAAACUACCUGUCUUGUUCCUGUGAAAAACAACCAUCGAAGCAUCCAAUGUUUAAAUCAGCGUCACAAAGAUUUCCCACGAUAUAUUUCCAAGGGACGAAGAACCCCCCACCGGACCGGUACCAAUCGUACACACCGGAAACAAUGCACGUCAUUUCAUCCAGCUUCAAAUCCAGAACACCGCGGUUUGCAACGUCACAUACCAAAGUUCCAGGUCCGGGUUCAUACGAUAAGACGUUCCAGUCACCCAUGCCAGCCACGAUUUCCAGGAUGGGAAGAAACCACGGCUUGUUCUUCACCAGUGCAUUUAACUUGUGAAACCUCUUCAAGAACUGCACCACCAAGUGUUCAUCUGGUAUGCUUACUCGUCUUGAGAUGAGCCUACUCAUAGUAAUGGAGCGUUCUUGGCCUGAUUCAGCCAUUAGCUCCGCCCACCUUUACAUUUCUCACAGUACUUAUGGCCAACUUUCACUGUCACCUGACUCAAAACCGUACUCUAAUUGGUCAAUACAUUUGAUUGACAGGCUGGAAGGGUCCAUUUGGAUGUCCAUGUUAUACACCACCGUAAGGACUUUUCCAAGAUGAUUGCACCGAUUUCUAAAA